AUGGGCACACCGCCCGAAAAAAGCGCCGAGGAGAAUCCUCCAGACAGAGAAAACUCACAAGAGUUCGACGAACUGCUCGACGCAGGCCUGGAAAACCCGAGCGUGCAGAGCGAGACGAGCAGAGAACGGCUCCGAAAGGAUGUGUCGAUAGCAAUCGACAGGGAGUACGUGUGGCUCCCCUCGUCGAGGGGCAUGGGCCCGAACUACACGAGCAGAAUAGAGCGGAUGAAGCAGAUGGACCUGAAGGCCAACUACUUCGUGUACAACAUGUACACUCCCGUCGGAGCCGCGACGCUCUCGCUGAUCCUGGGAGCGCUGCUGCUGCUCCUGGCGCUGGUCAUGCUCUUCUUCUCAAUGAACGUGAAGCUGGAGGUGCCCUACUCGGAGAAUGACGCCGGGCCCCUGACGAUAACGCUCACGAAGGACUUCAAGCCGCCGAUCUACGUGUUCUACAAGAUCACCGACUUCUACGUGACCCACAAGAAGGUGGUCUACGACUCGGAACCUGCGCAGGUCUCGAAGAGCUCCUGCAGAACCUUCACCACGUUCGCCGAGAUCCUGGAGCUGCGCUGCAUCGAGGGCAGGAACACUCUGAACGGCGUCGACGAGUGGUGCGCCGACUACAAGAGCAACCCCAAGUUCAACAUUCCGGUCUACCCGUGCGGCCCCCUGGCUGCCACGCUGAUGACCGACAACUUUGAGAUUUGCUCCACGGAGAUACCCAAGAACGCCCGCGGCAACUACGAGGGCUCCGACUUCGACUCGUGUCUGGACAUUCAGAUUCAGGACGAGCCUGAGCUGUGGAAGUUUGCGGCCUACAGAAUUAAAUCAAAGAAGUUUGCAAGAGGCUUUUGCUGGUUGGACGUGACGAAUCCGCUCUAUCACACGUGGCUUCAGCACCCAUACUCGAGUACAUUUUUGAAGCCAUACGGAGUAAUACAUGACAAAGUGGAGCCAGGAGAAUACAAGAUACACCUGGUGAACAACCUGUGGCCAUCCGAAGCGUGGAAGGCCAAGAAAUCAAUAUACAUAACGUGCACCAACUUCCUAGGAACCAAGUCAAUAGCAUUGGAAAUAGUACUAAUAUGUAUAAGCGGACUUUAUUUGUUGACGGGAAUAGUGCUGUUGGUCUUGCACUUCUCAGGAUUCAGAAUGAAAUUAUCGCCAUGGCGUGGACUAUCGAAGGUGGAAACGGGAACGGUGGCUGAAAAGGAGGAGUUCGUAAGAAGAGCAAGCACAGUUGACCUGGACAUACACCUGAGUAAGAUCCCAAAAAGCACAGGAAGGUGUUUAUGCCCUCUACAUUUGUAA